ACAGCAGCUGGUCGUGCGCGUGAGGAGCGGGGAGCGGGCUCGCGUUCGAUUGCUAUGGCUUAUCAGGGUGGAUGUGGAAGCCUGGAUGCUUCAGGGGUGGAGCCGGUGGGUCAGAGCGCAGGCGAGAGUUCCUCCCGAGCUCCAAACUCUGGUGGAGUGAUGGCGGAGAAAGAGGAAGAGCAGCUUGCGGGAGACAGACACCCUGCAGGCACUUAUCCACUACAGUGUCGUAUAUCAAAGCUAAUUAACUGGAAAAGACCAUUAUGGACUUCUGCUUUAUUCGGAACAACAAAUAUUGUCUUUUGGUUUGUGUCUCUCAGUCCCUGUCGAGUAUUCAGCCUCGUCUCCAUGUGUCUGGCUGUUUUAGUUGUGACACAGCUGGUGAGAGAUGUGGCUCUUUCCAGAUCAAGAGGAGCCGCUUUAUGGAGGAGAAUGACAAGCAGAGCUUUUGAGAUGAUUGCGGAAGACCGUGGAUCAACAUUGAGUUGGGAGGUCAUUGACUCAGUUCAGGAGGGCAAGUCUGGAUCAGUAUCUCCAUUCACAGACUUCUGGACGAGCUUCAAGCUGUUCAUUGAAGAGACUUCCUCUUUUAAGCAGCAGAAUCCAGGCAAGUUCUGUCUGCUGGUAUGCAGUAUGUGUUCCUUUUUGGCAAUACUUGGACGCUACAUUCCAGGGGUUGUUAUUUCAUACAUAUUUGUGCUAGGUAUUUUUCUUUGGCCUUUGGUGUCGUCACAUGAGUUUGGGAUGUGGUUGGAGCCAGUUCUGCAGAAACUGGACUUUGGAGUGGGCGAGUUUCUUCAGAGAAUCAAGGAGAAUCAUGAGAAGAGGAUACUCCAGUCACAAGCCGAGAGAGCGAGCAUUGAAUCAGAUCUGUCUGCACUUUUCCCCAAGCUGGACUCCACUGUGUGCAAAGAGCUGUCUGUAUCAGACACAGAGGUCUCAGAAGUGACAUGGACAGACAAUGGCACCUUUAACCUUUCAGAGGGAAACACACCUCAGACAGAGAACUCUGAGGACUCAGACCGGCGAAGUGAUGAGGAAGUCUUCACAGGUGGACUACCAGAGUUUCCCUCCCUGGACAAUGGCCUGGGAACAAAUGGUGAGGAUGAUGAGGAUCUGAGCAUCGGAUUGCCCACCCCUCUGGCCCAUCCCAGCAGGAUUGGGUCCAAACAGUUAGAAGAGGAACCCGUAGUCCAGGCCCUGGAGGUUGUGGAGAGGCUGGCUGGAGAAGUGAUCAUGGCAGCAGUCACAGCGGCCAUGCAGGAACGCCUGGAGGCAACAGUAGCACCGGCGCUGGUCCAGGCAUUGGCUGAGGAGUCAGAAAGCGAGGCAGAGGACUUUGAGCUGUUGGACCAAUCAGAGCUGGAACAGCUGGAGGGGGAGCUGGGGCUGGACAAGGCGAACCGUGCAGAUCCGUCAAAACCCAAACUUCUUAAGCUACUUCAAAGAGUUCUCAUCAAAAAAUCCUCAAUGUGCAGCUUUGCAAAUCCUUGGCAUUCUAGCUGUCAGUUUGUCCAAAAAAGAUGCGGCUGUCUUGUCAGGCACUUCUCACGCACCUUACAGUCUAGCUGAUCCCACAAAAGCUCAGUGGGGUUAAGAUCCAUAACACUCUUUUCCAAUUAUCUGUUGUCCAAUGUCUGUGUUUCUUUGCCCACUCUAAACUUUUAUUUUUAUUUUUCUGUUUCAAAAGUGGCUUUUUCUUUGCAAUUCUUCCCAUAAGCCCUGCACCCCUGAGUCUUCUCUUUACUGUUGUACAUGAAACUGGUGUUGAACGGGUAGAAUUCAAUGAAGCUGUCAGCUGAGGACAUGUGAUGUGUCUAUUUCUCAAACUAGAGACUCUGAUGUACUUAUCUUCUUGUUUAAUUGAACAUAUGGUCUUCCACAUCUCUUUCUGUCCUUGUUUAGAGCCAGUUUUCCUUUGUCUUUGAAGACUGUAGUGUACACUUUUGUAUGAAAUCUUCAGUUUUUUGGCAAUUUCAAGCAUUGUAUAGCCUUCAUUCCUCAAAACAAUGAUUGACUGACGAGUUUCUAGAGAAAGCUGUUUCUUUGUUGCCAUUUUUUACCUAAUAUUGACCUUAAGACUUGCCAGUCUAUUGCAUACUGUGGCAACUCAAAAACAAACACAAAGACAAUGUUAAGCUUCAUUUAAUGAACCAAAUAGCUUUCAGCAGUGUUUGAUAUAAUGGCAAGUGAUUUUCUAGUACUAAAUUAGCAAUUUAGCAUGAUUACUCAAGGAUAAGGUGUUGGAGUGAUGGCUGAUAGAUAUGGGGUCUGUCUAGAUUUGAUCAAAAAUGACUUUUUUCAAACAGUGAUGGUGCAGUUUUUUUACAUCAUUAAUGUCCUGACUAUAAUUUGUGAUCAGUUAAAUGCCACUUUGGUGAAUUAAAGUACCAAUUUCCUUCCUAAACAGCAAAAUCUAUACAUUAUUCCAAACAUUUGGCCGCCAGUGUAUAUCAAAACACAUUUGCAGCAGUUAAAUUAACUUCUUUUAAUUUCAUUUCAAUUCUACUUCCUUAAAUUCAAAUUAUAAUUACAAUUUUGCAUCUUGUUUGCUACCUCAGUUCAAAUUCAAUUCAAAUUCAGGAAUUUAAUUGGAAAUUAAAAGGCAUUCUCAAUUCAGUUCUGAAUGGCGCACAGCCCUUUUGGAAGAAAUGAUUUUCACAAUGUUUUCCCUCAUCUUUACAUAGGAUACCAACCUGCCAAUCGCCAGAGGGUUAUGGACCAGAGUAAUGUCAUUAGUUUAACUAUUAGAGCUGGUAAAUGCAGGAUACUCCAGAUUUUGCUGCCACAUGAUUUUCUCUUUUCAGCUUGAUCAUCUCUCCUUUAAAAAGCUUAAUGGCCAAAGACACAGGGCCUCCCACUAAUUGACAAUCAGCAGGACUUGGUAAAUUGGUAGCAUUUAUUCAGCGAACAGAGACACCAUAUUUAAUGUGUAAUGCACAUGUGGAGAAUAAUCUUUUUUAUUUUAAAUACUUUGUUUUCUAAGUUUUUUUGUAAUUCUUCAUGAAGGAUUUUUGCAAAGCUGGUGGUCUUAGUGUAAUCCUUUGCAUGAAUAGUCAUGUUUUAGGCUGUUUUGUUACUGUUUACACUUUCUUUUAAAGUGAUACAGCUUGGCACUGGAGCGCAUAGGGCCCAAAGUUGAACAGAUUCUAUUUCAUUUUGACGUUAAUCAAAUAGUGCUAAAUGAACACAGCUGACCCUAAAGGGAAAGUUCUGCAAUUAUUUACUCACCCUCUUGUUGUUCCAAACCAGAAAGACUUUAUUUCUUCUGUGAAACAUAAGAUGUUUGGCAGAAUGUUAGCGACUGACAAACUCAGUCACCAUUCUCUUUCAUUUUAUGGGAAAGAGCGGUGUCAACAAUGUCUCCUCUUGUAUUUUACGGAAGAAAACGUGUUUGAAAUGACAUGAAUGUGAUUAAAUGAUGACACAAUUUUCAUUUUGUGGUAAACUAACCCUUCAAGAUUCUUUUUUUUUUUUUUUUCAGUCAAAUGUGAAACAGAAAAAGUAUUUAAUCCUUAAAAACAAUGUAGAGGGAAGACACUUAUUCUUUUAGUCAGUCAUAUAAAUCAAAAUCUCUUUGAGUAAUAUUUUCUGCUAUCUGUGAGAAAGACACCAGACUCUUAUAAAUUCACCCAUUAUCAUAAUCACCUCUUUCAGCAGUGUAAGUACUAGGCACAUAUAACCAACACUGGUUCUGUUUACAGUGAGGUGCCUGGUGUGGAUCUAGAUUUAGUAUUUCUAAUAAACUUAUAUGUGUAACAGUGGACAUUAUGAAUUUUUGUUUUGAGAUGUGUGUAACACAGUGGCUUAAUAUGGAUAUCUGGAAUCUGAAAGUCUGUUUUUUGCCACUCAUAAUAAUGAAUGCUUUCCAAAAAUUAUUCUAAUCUGUGUUAGUUUGAUACAUUUUUAUUUAAAAAUGUAAUUUAUUCCUAAUAUAUUUCUCGAAUUAGAUUGCUGCCACGCACAUAUGAUUGCCUUAUAUGCCUGUGCUAGUUGUCUGUCAGAGCAGAAAAGAACAAGCAAAAUAUAGUUGUAUAUAAAUAAUCUCAAGAAUGUGAUUAAAAACUGUAUGAUUCAGUA